AUGAUUCUCUUUCAAAUGCUUAAACCAAUGAUAAUAUUAAAGUUUUAUUUAAUUUCACAUUCGGUAUGUCUAGAUCAACAUACAAAAGCCAUAGAAGAAUUAGAGCUUGAAUAUGAAGAUGAAAAAAACUCCAUGAUAGCAAUCACAGAAUCAGAUGGUAAAACUGCAGGCUUUCUACAAGGUCGUGAAUUCUUAGCAUUUGGAAGUUUGUUAAAUGCUGUACCAGAGGAAGAUCUAUAUUAUGCUAAUUUUGGGGACCCUUCGGUCUUUAAGUACUUUUCCAAAAAUAACGUAGCAAUAACAAAUCGUAAGAUUGGUGUGUUGGUAGCAGCUUAUCGAAGAUAUUAUGGAAACACGUGGUUCAGGAAUGGAUCACAUAUAAAUGAAUUGGGAUAUUUGUUGUGUGGAUUUCCACACUUUGAUUUAGCUAAAAUAACGCCCACUGUAUUUAAGGAAUUAACAGUUGAUGUAUUGGGCCGACUGCAAAGGUGUAGUGUGGAACAGACAAAGAUUUUGUACAGAAUAGCAACUCAUCCAGACGCGUACGGUGCUCCUUAUAAAUGGUCAUCACAUGAACUCGGUAGACUUAAUGCGCUGUUUAUAUGUAUACCUAGACAAGAAAUUAGUUCUAUUCAAUUAGAGGCAAUAACAGCUAUCACACCAGCCGUAAUCAAAUUGAUGGAUCAGAAGAAAUUGGAAUAUUUUACAAAACAACAAAUAUUAAGGAUGAAUCCUAAAACUCGUCGAAUUUACAUUCUACGCAUGCAACUCCGCAAUAGUUUAGAUACAAGUAAAAUUACAAAAAAGAAUUGUACCCGCCUAAAAUUUUCCAUUAUCUAUUUUAUAUUGAAUAUCAUGAUUAAUGGUCAAAGAGUUUUUAAGAAAGCGCCCCAUGCAUGGCACGGUCCUGAACCAUCUAGAAGUUGUGAGGUUUUUAUUGGCCGCAUACCACAUGACUGUUUUGAAGAUACCUUAGUUCCAUUAUUCCAACAGGCUGGAGAGCUAUUUGAAUUCCGUCUUAUGAUAAACUUUUCUGGUUGGAACAGGGGAUAUGCUUUUGCCAUGUAUACUACUGAAGCUGAGGCCAACCAGGCUAUUUGUAUGUUCAACAACUUUAUGAUUCGUCCAUCUUGGCAGCUUGGGGUAUGUCAUUCGAUCAACAAUUGCCGCAUUUUCAUAUCUCGUAUACCGACAACUACGUCAUCAACUGAGAUAGUCAGCUUGCUGUAUGCGCUUACGGAGGAAGUGAAGGAAAUUCGCAUUCGCCGUUCAGGCGGGGGUUGUGCAGCUAUAGUUGAAUACAAGUCGCACCGAGGGGCCGCUAUGGCUCGUAAGGCGCUACUGGCCGCCGCAUCUGCUGCAUGGGGAUCCGGCGCCCGUCCCGCUGUGGAUUGGUCAUUGCCACAAUCGCCGCAUCUCCUCCGACAGUAUCGUGAGGUGGGUCGUUGGACACCAGACCGCGGUGUGGAGAUCUUUCGCCUGUCUGAAGAGCCGGCGCCAGUAGCGUCAUCGUACAGUUUGGAGCGCUGGUCGCAGGCUCGACGCCUGCGUUUGAUACAUGAAGCGUAUUUCUCAUACGCUGCGCCAAACAAUGCGCUUGCCGGGGCGGACGAACCGCAGCCUACCACGCCUUUGCAGUCGACAUCCACCGAACCGUCUGCCAAUAGCUCGCUUCUAUCUGAUUGGCCACAGGCUGUUGAUUUGUUAGCCCGUAACAUGUUGACAAUGGGGCUUUCGGCUCCGUGGGGAACUUGGGGCCAGGACGAUGAGACAUCUGACGCUCCGUCGUACAACCCUUGGACUGCGCCCCAUCCACUGCACGAUAUGCGCGAGGGACAAGCCAAACAAAAGCCGCAAUAA